AGGAGGAGCAUCUUCAAAGUUCUACCACACAUUGCUUUGUGAGUAUGAAGAGAUCAGAACUGCACACCCAAUUGAAAAGAUUGAAGAAGAGAUACAGAAUGAUGCUGGAAUAAAGCACAAGAUUGGAGAAGAUUCUUUAGACACAAAGACAACACAAGAGGUACUGCAUCAGGAGGAUGAAGCUCUUGUAGAAGAGAACAUUGACAAUGCUUCUGCUCUAAAUAUCCUGUCAGAGAAGCCCGAGGAGCAAAUUCAAAAUCCUGCUGUAAUAUUACUGUUCGAGGAGCAUAAGCACAAAACAAUCAAUGAAGUUGACAAAACUGAAGAAAUGAAAAAUGGAGACUCCCAUGGAAAAGAGGUUGUAGAAGAGAAAAUCACAGAAAAGAAUGAGACAAGGGAGCCUGAAGAAAUGUUGGAAGGGGAAACAAAUACUUGUCAGGUUAUACCUGAGGAAUCGAAGGAGCACAGAACUGUUACAGAAGAAAAGAAAAUAAAAAAAGCAGAAUCAUUUGAAGAUGAGAAAAGCACACAAUCAGACUGCACAAGAGAGCUUCAAGGUGCCUUGGAAGAUGGAGCAGCGGCGGUUCAUAUUCUCCCAGGUGAGAGCUCAGCAGUUAAUCUACAUACUGCCUCUACAUUGCCUUCUGAGGUCAAGGGAAAUGAAACAGAGGAAACAAAACUGAAAGAAGAUGAGAGUCUGGAGAAGAUUCAAGAACAAACAAGAGAGAUCGAAGAAGUCUCAGAUUUCAACAAGGAUACAUGUGGAAGGGCUUCUGACAAUGAAUUACUCACUGAAACAGAGGAUGCUGCAAACGAAAAGAAAAUUCUCAUAAUCGCAGUGAUCGAAGUUUUGAAAGAAGAGGUCAUGGAGGACAAGAAAGUUAUUGAAACAUCUUAUUCAACUUCCUAUUUGGAAGAGAUGAUCGAAGAUGGCUCCGGGGAAGAUGAGCUAAAGGAUAAGCUGAUUCAAGAAAACAAGCUCAUUGUGGAAGCUCAGAAGACCAGUGAAAAUGAGAUAAUUGAAAACCAAAUCAAACAUGGUCAUGCUUCUAUUUCCAGGAUUGAAACUAUAGCAGUAACAGAAAAGAAUGUUGAGCUGGCACCACCAGGUUUCGAAGAAAGGCCCGAAUAUGACUUGGAAUCUGUGGCGAACACACAUGUCAUUGAGGAAGAAAGUAGCACAAAUGAACUUCAUCAGUAUCAGAAGGAGAUGAAAGAACUAAUGAGGCUGAAGACUACAGUGCAGUCUCAAUUGAACGUAUUGUGGCAGCUGAGUCUGGAGAACAGAUACAAGCAGGAAACUCGGAGGAUGAAAAAAAAUUCAACCACAACAAAGAAGGAUCACACAUUAUGAAAGAAUUAGAUGAAAGGAGACGGAUGAAGAGUCCAGAGACCCUGUAAAUGUGCACGGUG